UUAGCGUUCGACAUUUCUUCAUCAUUCCCUCUUCAGCAUUCGUGCGGUGUGUAUCGCCAAAGUGUUGUGCGAACGUUAAAAAUUUUCUGUGAAAAGUACUUUUGGUUGUUUGGCCAAUUCCAAAUUUCAAAUAUUCAAUUCAAACCAUGAAAAUCUAUGACAAACUUCGUUUUGGCUGUCCUCUGCCUAAGUUGACAACCAGUAGCAGAUAAUAAGAAUUUUGGAAGAGAUAGUCUAUUUUCUACCUUCAAAUAGGAGUAUUAAUUGUUUAAUAAGAUAUAUUUGCAUACCCAAUUUUUAUCCUAAAUCAGGAACGCUUCAGUUAAACACACAAUUCAAUUAAUCUGUUCUUUGUUCAUAUCGUUUUUUGGAUCACUUAAAUUCAGCCAAAACCGUUCUUCGUAUAUUUUCAAUUGAACCCACAAUCGUUCCAAAUUAAUUUUCCGGUUCUCAUUCUCGCUCUCAAAUUUAAACGAUUACAAAAUGACGAAUCACUCUAUCGGUUUUUUCCGCGACAUAAUAAAACUUAAAUUUUAAUUAAACCUUAUUAUGAUGAAAUAAUUAUUUUGUUUGGGUGCAGGGUAAUUAAUAAUUUUCUACCAAUUUGUUUCUUUCCUAUCAAAAAAUAUAAAAAAAUAUUUUACUUUUUCCCGUUCGUUUUCGAUUAAUUUCCUUCCUUUUUGGAUACUUUGUUUUCAUAAAAAAAUUGUCUAAUUUCGAUAUUCCAUUUUAUCGUUGUUUCGCCCCCCGUCUCCUCUCAGUUCAAUCUCAUUGCAAACAAGUAAAAUUUAUUGCCAAAAGAACAAAACAAAAGAGUCAAAAUGUUAGAUCCAUACUCAACGCUUAUACUGUGGAUAGUUAUUGUCAGUUUCAUCAUCGCAUUUGUGUUGGCGUUUGGUAUUGGAGCGAAUGAUGUUGCUAAUUCGUUCGGCACAAGUGUUGGAUCUGGAGUGUUAACCAUAAGACAGGCAUGCUGGUUGGCCACUUUUUGCGAAGUUGCUGGUUCGGUGUUCAUUGGCUACAAAGUGUCCAAUACGAUGCGUAAAGGGAUCUUAGAAGUGGCCGUUUACGAAAAUUCAGAAGUUGAAUUGAUGCUUGGAUGUCUGUCGUCGUUGGCGAGUAGUGCUGUUUGGUUGCUGGUUGCUACUUUCUUUAAGUUACCGAUUUCUGGUACGCAUAGCAUUGUCGGAUCGACCAUUGGAUUCAGUUUGGUCGCUCGUGGAACUCAAGGAUUGCAUUGGUGGACCUUAGGCAAAAUUAUUGGGUCUUGGUUCAUAUCGCCGGUGCUAAGUGGUAUAACAAGUGUAGCUCUGUUCGCCUGCGUUCGAAGAUUUAUUUUGAACACGGCCAAUCCGCUGAAGGCAGGACUUUUCGCUCUACCAAUUUUCUACGGAGUUACUCUGUUUGUUAACGUAUUCAGCAUCGUUCACGAUGGUCCAGAGCUACUUUAUAUGAAUAACAUACCAACAUGGCUGGCAUUUGCUGCUAGUUUGAUUGUUGGACUAGUUACUGCUAUUUUGGUUCAACUGUUCAUUGUCCCGUGGCAACGACGAAAAAUAUUGGGACAAGGCCAAGCCAAAAAACCGGUCAAGUUCACGAUCGAAGGUUCUAGCGAGUCAACACCGAGUGGCAGUCCGAAAAGUAAACGACGUCCAGCUUCGUUGAUAGCCGAUGGAAAGCCAUUACCUUCGAUCACCGAAACCACCGAAUUGGUGUCUUUCAGAGACACUGCACCGCCGAGCGCGUACAAAGACAAAAGCCUAACGAAAAAUCUGGACUUUUGCGAUUUUUCCAAACUGUCGCCGAUACCGAACGGAAACGGCUACAAAAUCGAUCCGAAAAUUAUCGAAAAAGCUGAAAGUCUGCUGGGCAAAACGAGUCUUGACAAUACCGACCUAACGAUCACAAGUUUGAAUUAUAUCGACGAACAGCAGCACGGCAUUACGAUACGAGGCUAUUUCGAUAGACAACAGAGCUAUCGCUCACCGAGUUCGGUUGGACAAAGGGACGCCAAAAUGUCACCUAAUAACGUGAACGGUGAUGUUAACAUACCAAUAACGGAUCUACCGACAUUGCCCACUCAAGUUUACAUCGACACCAAAGCUGAUCUGUGUAAUGUGAACAGUGCGGGCAGUUUGGAUCGUAUGAUAUCAACCACAUUGUCGCCGAAUUCCAGUAAGCUUCCAUUGAUCGAUGCCAAAGUACAAGUACCGUCAGACGAGCCGGAGGACGUGUCCGCUCUAUUUUCAUUUUUACAAAUUUUAACGGCUUCAUUUGGAAGUUUUGCUCACGGUGGCAAUGAUGUCAGCAACGCUAUCGGACCACUCAUAGCAAUAUUCAUGAUUUACGUGGAAGGAUCUGUGAUGCAAGCAACUGAACCGCCGAUUUGGAUUCUGUUAUUCGGAGGGGUCGGAAUAUCACUUGGCUUAUGGCUUUGGGGUAGACGUGUGAUCGAAACUGUUGGCAAUGAUCUGACGAAAAUAACUCCGUCAACUGGGUUCACAAUCGAGAUUGGUGCAGCGAUGACAGUGCUGCUGGCUAGUAAGAUUGGCUUACCAAUAUCCACAACACAUUGCAAAGUCGGAUCGGUCGUUUUCGUUGGAUAUACAAAUGCUCACAAAAAUACACCCGAGGAAAAUGCAGCUGGUGUACCACAAGAAAAAGCAGUCGACUGGAAACUGUUUCGAAACAUUGUCUAUGCGUGGGUGGUAACAGUUCCCAUAGCGGCACUUCUCAGCGCUGGUUUUAUGGUCAUAUUAACUAAAUUAGUACUUUAAGCACACAAUAUACUUAUUAGCCAUUUAAGAACGUAUAUAGUGCUAAGAUACUUAAAAUGAAAAAAAAAAAGAUUUUCUUUUUGUUAAUAUUAAUAUAAUGAACGCGUAAGUU